AUAUCUAGAGAAAAUACAUAUGCAUUUGUAUAAUCGGGCGGGUUCGGGUUGGAUAGUGAGAAAUCCAUGCCCACCCAUUACCCACAAUAUUCGGGUUCGGGUUUUACCCGUACCCACUAAAUAUCUUUCGGGUUCGAGUUUUACCCUACCCGAUUAGGCCGGAUUCGGGUGGAUAUCCACGGUUACGGAUAUUUUUGCCAUCCCUAGGCUUGGGUGCGAUCCAUUGUGGAGAGCCAGGGUGUACUAAAGAGGUCGGUAUUCGAGAUGUACUAAAAAGCCCGAAAUUCGCGAUUUUCCGAUAAGCAAGCCGGUGGCGCUCCAUGAUGAAGCACUAUAUGAUAUGGCUAGAAAAGCAAGCCAGUGGAAGCCCGAUGACUAAUAGAUAUGGCUAGAGAUGGUGCAUUGUGGAGAGACUGUGUGUAGUAAGAAAAAAGAUGAGUAUUACAGAUUGUGAUAAGUGGAGACCCGCUACGGCGGAGCCCCAUAGAACACUAUUAGAUAUGGCUAGAGAUAAAAGGGAUAAUUGAUUAAUUUACUCGUCGUUUCUCGCCGUCGUUUCUCGCUGGUUCAGGUCUGCUUUUCGGAUCGGGCGUGAUUGAUUUCGCCAGGUCGGGUGUCAUUCUAGGCGGAAUCGCGGUUCUCUUGGACGCUUUAAUUGAAGGACUUAGGAUCGGGCAGCGCUCGAUGUUCCUAACUACGAACCCACAAAAUCCUACCCUAAUUAAAUGCGCUUAAUUAGCUGGGUUUUGGCCAUUACGGUCAGGCCGUCGAUCUACGAGACGGGGAAGAUGACAUCCUGGUGAAAUUGACAUGGUAUCAUAGCAAUCAAGAUCACGAUACAAGAGAUUUAUGUGAUUUACUCAACGAUAAUCGUUAAGACUAAUACAUGACACAAGUGAUUUACUCAACGAUAAUCGUUAAGACUAAUACAUGGCACAAGGCAAAGUUUUUGGUUAUGAAUGACGUAAAGUCUACAUGAGUAACUCGACCAUUUCAUUUUCAACAUAUAUACUUGGCUGAGCUAACUAAAGGGUUAAUUACAAUUUGGUACUUCUAACUUCCCUCGUAAAUGUAAGUUGUGAAUUUGUGUCCAAAUUCAGUUCCACUCCUACUUAAUAUGUUAUUCAUCAAAAUGAAGGCUCGGGAAAUUACUAUAUUGUACCUAUUUUUUUUAAUUAGUAAUAAGUAAUAACUAAGAAUUAGGGGGGCCAAGAUAAAAUCGCAAAAUCUGGUCGGCAGAAAGCCAGAAAGGAAGUAGCUCGGAUUACCAAAAAAAAAAAGAAGGAGAAGGAAGUAGCUCGGGAAGAGAAGACAGUCAUCCUAACGAACAAAAGCAGGGAGAAGACGCCUUUUGGGAAGCUUGGUGUGUUCAUCUGUCUCUGAAGGAGUGCGAUUGAAACGAACUUUUGUGAUAAUAAAUUGACUGCGGCGAUUUGACAUGGCUCCUGCAACUAUAAUCUCGUCUUCUUCUUUAUUAUCACCGUCUCUUGGGUACCUUUUCUCUGCAACCAACUCCAGGACCGGGUCGGUGGGUUUCCUCGCUUCUGCGCCCAAAUUUCAUGCGCCAAACCCUCUUACUGCAACUACAACCUCCAUUUCUCUUUCAACCGUGCGGAAAACCUCCAGGAGGUUACUCCAAGUGAGAUCAGUGGCUGCUCCAGUAGAAGAUGUGGCUGGGUUCAACGAUAUGGUCUCUGGAACUCAACGGAAGUACUACAUGCUUGGUGGAAAGGGCGGUGUAGGAAAAACUAGCUGUGCUGCCUCACUUGCUGUGAAGUUUGCAAACAGUGGGCAUCCUACUUUAGUCGUGUCAACAGAUCCAGCACAUUCUUUGAGUGAUUCUUUUGCUCAGGAUUUAACUGGGGGUACACUAGUACAGGUCGAAGGACCUGAUUGCCCACUUUUCGCUCUUGAGCUGAAUCCGGAGAAAGCCAGGGAAGAAUUUCGUACUGCAUCUCAACAGAAUGGUGGAACCGGCGUUAAAGAUUUUAUGGAAGGCAUGGGUCUUGGAAUGCUUGUUGAUCAGUUAGGAGAGUUGAAACUGGGAGAGCUACUGGACACACCUCCUCCUGGUUUGGAUGAAGCAAUUGCGAUUUCAAAAGUGAUACAAUUUCUCGAGUCAGAAGAAUACAACAUGUUUACCCGAAUAGUUUUUGAUACUGCACCAACGGGUCAUACACUGCGGCUUCUAUCGUUGCCUGACUUCCUAGACGCAUCCAUUGGGAAGAUACUGAAGCUUAGACAAAAGAUAUCUUCAGCUACAUCUGCAAUCAAAUCUGUUUUCGGACAAGAAGAAAACCGACAGGAUGCUGCUGACAAGUUGGAGAAGCUAAGGGAAAGGAUGAUAAAAGUACGUGAACUGUUUCGGGAUGUGGACUCCACUGAGUUUGUUAUAGUCACAAUUCCUACGGUAAUGGCUGUUAGUGAAUCAUCUAGAUUGCGCUCCUCCUUAGAGAAGGAGAAUGUGCCCGUUAAAAGGCUUAUCGUAAAUCAAAUCCUUCCACCAUCUGUUUCUGACUGCAAAUUUUGUGCAAUGAAAAGGAAGGAUCAGAUGCGUGCUCUUGAUAUGAUCCAGGAUGAUCAAGAACUGUCUACCUUGAGAUUGAUCAAAGCUCCCCUGGUCGAUGUAGAGAUCAGAGGCGUUCCAGCCCUCAAGUUCAUCGGUGACAUCAUAUGGAAAUGAUCAUAAGCAAAGUAUGAGAGCCUUGAAUCGAACCAUGAAUUUGAAACAUCAACCUAUAGUAAGCAAUUGCAGGAAGAAAAGCUGAAUGUUAUCGUCACAGGCUGCAGAGAGUUUGUAGAGCUCGUACGAUAUUGAUGUUUUAAUUUAUGCAUCAAUGUGUACCACUACACAUCAUGUAGAUAUUGUUCAAGUUUCGAAACCUUAAGUUAGAUGCUGGCCAUUAAAGCUCAAACAGGAUACAAUAGAGUAAGUACAAUAUGGAUUUACAAUGUACAACAGAGGGCUUGCUAGCUAUCUGUUUUUUGUCAUGUGUAAGCUCCUACAAAUGUACAAAGAAUAUACUUCUCUGUUGGGG